UGUUCAACAGCAUCAAGACUGACGGUGUGUGUUUGAGAGAACCUCACAAGUGUCACAGAUGACACAUUUGGCGUUUGUUGGUGGUUUGUCGGUAGCAGCUCCUGAAACGCAAGUCUGCUACACAUCUGUUCGACCAACGCCAGUUAAUCUAAACGCCAGUUAAUCUGGAACACCGGUCGGUGGUUCGAUGAGGAUCAGCUGUAAUGGGACAUUUACCGAGGAGGAGGAUGAUGAUGAUCGUGCUGCUCUUACUCGUUUCCCAGCAUGCCUCAGGGGUGGAGGUGUAUGAGGGGGUGGAGUCUGUCCUGCUGCCCUGUCAGGUACCAGCUGAUGUUUCCAGGAGCUCCACAUCAGCAGUGUGGGACCGUGAGGAGUUCAGGAACCCAACAGUUCACCGGCGUCUGCAGAGCAUUGACGAUCUUAGUGGUCAAAACGAUCGUUACACCAACCGAACAUCAAUGUUCACUGACGCUCUGCAGACUGGAGACCUCAGCCUCACUCUGAGGAACCCCACAGUCUCUGACAGUGGAACCUACACCUGUAUCACCCUCAGGUUUGGAGACAGGCUGAGCCAGACUGAAGUACAGCUGAAGGUCUCAGUACCUCCUCCAGUGUGGCCCUUAGUCCUCUCAGCUGUGCUGGGUACUCUGAUCAUCCUGGCUGCUGCCUUUGGUCUGUUUGUGUGCCAUGCAUAUGUAAGGAUGAAGAAGAGGAGUGAAGAUCUGCAGCCAGAGGUGGUGGAGGCACCACAGGGGGAGGAGUCUGUCCUUCUACCCUUUAAACCCACAGCUGACCUUCCUCAGGACGUCACAGUGGAGUGGACACACAACAACAUGAAGGUCCACGUGUAUAAGAGUGGAAACAAUCAGCCAGAUAAACAGGACCAGGGUUACAGCGGUCGCACAGAGAUGAAUAAAGAUCCACUGAGAACUAAAGACCUCAGUCUGACCCUGGAACACCUCCACCUCACUGACAGUGGAGUCUACACCUGCACCAUCAAGAAGGAUGGAGUUAAGCUGCUACAGAAAUCAGUGACUCUCAGUGUCACAGUUCCUCAGCCAGAGAAGUUGGAGGUAGCAGGGGUCAGGACUGUCCAGCUGCCCUUUAAAACCACAGCUGAUCUUCCUCAGGAUGUCACAGUGGAGUGGAGACACUCUGACUAUAACUACAUCAAGGUCCACGUGAAUGAACGUGGAAAAAAUAAGCCAGAUAAACAGGACCAGGGUUACAGAGGUCACACAAAUAUGAAGAAAAAGGAAAUAAAAAAUAAAGACUUCAGUCUGACCCUGAAACACCUCCGCCUCACUGACAGUGGAGUCUACACCUGCACCAUCUACAACAAGGAUGGACACAUGCUGCUACAGAAAUCAGUGACUCUCAGUGUCAGAUCUCUGCAGAAAAAGGUGUUGGAGGUGACAGAGGGGGAUGAGUCUGUCCUGCUGGCCUUUAAAUUCCCAGCUGACCUUCCUCAGGACGUCACAGUGGAGUGGACACACAACAACAUGAAGGUCCACGUGUAUGAGAGUGGAAACAAUCAGCCAGAUAAACAAGACCAGGAUUACAGAGGUCGCACACAGAUGAAUGAAGAUCCACUGAACACUAAAGACCUCAGUCUGACCCUGAAAGACCUCCACCUCACUGACAGUGGAGUCUACACCUGCACCGUCUACAACAAGCAUGGACACAUGCUGCUACGGAAAUCAGUGACUCUCAGAGUCAGAGUUCCUCAGCCAAAGAUGGUGGAGGUCACACAGGAGGAGGAGUCUGUCCUGCUCCCCUUUAAAACUACAGCUGUCCUUCCUCAAGACGUCACAGUGGAGUGGAGACACUCAGACUACAACUAUGUGAUUGUCCACUUGUAUGAGAGUGGAAACAAACAGCCAGUCAAUCAGGACCAGUAUCACAGAGGUCGCACAGAGAUGAAGAAAGACCCACUGAAAACUAAAGACCUCAGUCUGACCCUGAAAGACCUCCACCUCACUGACAGUGGAGUCUACACCUGCACCAUCUACAACAAGGAUGGAGACAAGCUGCUACAGAAAUCAUUGAUACUCAAUGUCACAGUGGAGGCAAUGACUGUGACACAGGGGGUGAAGUCUGUCCUGUUGCCCUUUAAAACCACAGCUGUCCUUCCUCAGGACGUCACAGUGGAGUGGACACACAACUACAGGAAGGUCCACGUGUAUGAGAGUGGAAACAAUCAGCCAGUCAAUCAGGACCAGGGUUACAGAGGUCGCACAGAGAUGAAUGAAGAGCAAAUAAAAAACCGAGACUUCAGUCUCACCCUGAAAAACCUCCACCUCACUGAUAGUGGAGACUACACCUGCACCAUCAAGAAGGAUGGACACAUGCUGCUACAGAAAUCAAUGAGACUCAGUGUCAGAGCUCUGGAGCCAACGAUUGUAAAGAUGACAGAGGGGGUGAAGUCUGUCCUUCUACCCUUUAAAACCACAGCUGACCUUCCUCAGGACGUCACAGUGGAGUGGACAUACUACAACAUAAAGCUCCACGUGUAUGAGAGUGGAAACAAUCAGCCAGAUAAACAGUCCCAGAGUUACAACGGUUUUACAGAGAUGGAUGAAGAUCCACUGAGAACUAAAGACUUCAGUCUAACCCUGAAAUACCCCUACUUCACUGACAGUGGAGUCUACACCUGCACCGUCUACAACAAGGAUGGAUACAAGCUGCUACAGAAAUCAGUGACUCUCUAUUUUAAAGAUGCAGAGAUGCAGAUGGUGGUUACACAAGGGCUAAAGUUUGUAAUGCUUCCCUUUAAAAUACCACAUGACCUUCCUCAGGACGUCACAGUGGAGUGGAAACACAACUAUGUGACAGUCUACAAGUACAUAGAUGUAAAUGUUGACUCACAGCACCAGGAUUACAGCGGUCGCACAGAAAUGAAUAAAGAUGCACUGAAAACUAAAGACCUCAGUCUGACCCUGAAAGACCUCCACCUCACUGACAGUGGAGUCUACACCUGCACCGUCUACAAGGAUGGACACAUGCUGCUACAGAAAUCAGUGACUCUCUGUGUCACAGCUCUGGAGCCAAACAUUGUAACGGUGACAGAGGGGGAGGAUUCUGUCCUGCUGUUGUUCAAAACCACAGCUGACCUUCCUCAGGACGUCACAGUGGAGUGGACACACAACAACAUGAAGGUCCACGUGUAUGAGAGUGGAAACAAUCAGCCAGAUAAACAGGACCAGGAUUAUAGAGGUCGCACAGAGAUGAAUGAAGAUCCACUGAAAACUAAAGACCUCAGUCUGACCCUGAAAGACCUCCACCUCACUGACAGUGGAGUCUACACCUGCACCGUCUACAACAAGGAUGGACACAUGCUGCUACAGAAAUCAGUGACUCUCAGUGUCAAAGCAACCCUGAUGGGCACCAUGGCUGAGAUGUUUCCACAUUGUCUGUGUUACAGGCAGAGGAGUGUACAGCGAGCACAGUCUGACCAGGAACACAGGAACAGGAACCAUGAAGACGUUCCUCUGAUGGAUCUCCACAGAGUGUCCUGACUCUGUGUCACAUGUUAGCUCCAUGUGGGUCAAAGGUCAAAGCUGCUGACUCUCAGGAAGCUUCAGACAAACAUCAUGACACAACAGCUGUGUCCCAAAACGUCGGCUGCAUCCUUUGGAGGACCCGGCCUUCGCGGUCUACGUGGGCCGGGUCCUCCGAAGACCGAGAAGGCCGGAAGUGCGAGGCUGUGAAAUGGGACAGUCUAGCCUUCAGAUUAGUGUCACCGCUGUCUCGGUGGAGUUUAACAAACUCGGCCGUCUGCUCCUUGCUAUCUAAAAUAUAACAGGACACUGGCGUAAAUUCUCGACCGUCUCACACAACUGUUUAAUCAGUUUUCUGUUUAACGUUUAUUCAGCUGUGUGAAAAUCCCGGAGGAACCCACCCGAUGGAUUAAUAAAGUUUUAUUUAAUCUAACAAUCUAAUAACUUUGAUCUCAGCCAAACCGAUUUACUCCGGAACAAAUAAAACACCGAACAAAGGCAAACAAUUACAUUUUUAAGUUAUCUGAGUGACUUAUAUUGUCACGAUCAGGUAGUAGGGACUCAAGCGCAGAGCUGUAGAUGUCUCCAAAGAACAGUUUAUUUACAACACCAGUGCACAGUAUAUACAGUGAGGGGGAUCCAAAACUCCAGGGAAUCACAGGGUAGCUCUCUCACACUCGCUCACGUCUUCUUGCCCACACUCACACACGUUCACACGGCAGGGAGGUCACAGGUCCGGGGAGGAAGGUCUGUAGCGGAAGAAAGGGAAGUCACUCAAUAAUCACUAAUCACGAAUCACAAAGCACAGGUUCACAGGAGCUGGGAGAAACACUAACGUCAGUAGUACAAUCAUCCAGCGACGAGAGGAUCUGCGUUCCAGCCUCAAAUAGUGCUCCCGGUGAUGACAGGUAAUUGUUGUCAGGUGUGUGGGCCAAGGGCGGGAGCCCACAAUGAGCUCCGCCCAGGCAGAGAGGGAAAGAGAGAGAGGGAGAGAGCCAAAACAGCAAAUGUAGCCUUGUGGGGCCGGCCGGGCAGGCACGGAGACCAUGACAUAUAUAUCAUGUUUAACCUGAGUAGCGAAAGAGCGGGGGUCUAAAAACGAUGAAGCCGGGAGUCCGCUGCUCUCGCCGGCUGGAGUGACCAUUGAACCCCCCGGCUUGCUAUCGAGCUGGUGGGUAACAGACGUCUCCGAAAACGUCGGCACACUUUUGCAAAUAUGCGAUGUCUUGAUAAACCAAGCAGAUAUUUGUAAUUUACACAGCUACUAAAAUAUGUUAAAAGUUUAUUUUGUGACCCAGAAAGAUUAAUAAGAGUAAUUUUAAAACUUAGUAGCGGCCGCCAUUAUUGGCAGCUGAAAUUUGGCUGGGCCGCGCUAUGAAUUCUGGGAUAUGGUGGGCCACGAAGGACACACCCGACCCAUCCUUCAAAUUCGGGGAAAUGAAGGACACAUUUGUCGGCUGCAUUUGAAGGAGUCGACGAAUUGGGACAGCCUUCGUCGCCUGGCUGUGACGUAAUCGGCCUUCAAAUGCGGCCUCCGGAGGAUGCAGCCGACGUUUUGAGACACAGCUACACCCUCUCCGAUCAGAGCAGGAAGGACCCAUGAUGGAGGCCCUGAGGCCACACCCACACUUCCUGUCAGUGCCUGUGAUUGACAGCUGCCUCCAUCAGUAUCGUAUAUAUCCAUAUAAUCACCCUGAGGUCACUGAUGUUGUGAUGUUGGUGCUGUA